UAACUUUCCUUCAUUUUAUUAUAGUAUAUCCCUCACCUGUUGUCCACAUGAGUUUUUGAUCAAACAUAUUCUAAAAUAAUUUCCAAUAAUUAAAAAAUUAAAAGAUAUUUUACAAAUGUUGUAUCGGUAAUGAGAGUUGCUUAACUAUAAAUAAAUAAAUAAAAAAGAUCAAAGUAAUUGUCAAGGACUGUGCUGUUAAGUUGAUGGAAUUUGUUGUGGAAAUAUGAAAUUAAUCAUCAAAAAAAGUUUUGAACCGUUGAUCUAGCUUCGUCAUUUACUGUAACGGUAAUGAGAAUUAUUCUGGAUCAUAUCAGAUUCAAAUGAUAAUAAAAUUCUAUUUUAAAAAAAAUAUAUGAAAAAAUAAUCAAUAUAGUAAAAUACACAUUCUAUUUUAGCUUUUCAACUUGAAAAAAUGCUGCAAUGAGUUGAAAAACUUUUUUAUGUUAAUGUGAAGGUCUUCGUGAGAAUCACCCGUAUACUGCCUUCCGCCUGAUGCUGACUCCAGCCCCUCCACGACCCUUAACGAAUAAAGAGGUUGACGAUGAGUGAGAUCUAGAGUUGUGUGUGAAAGUGAAGAACUAGACUAAUAGAUUUGAAGAAACUAAUCUGGAACUAAGCCUAAGCUCCAGACUUUGCUUUACUCAAGAACACACAGAAGGCCUGUAAAAGAUGGAAGGAAAAAACAAUGAAAAAUGUUGAAAUCCCCACAGAAACCACGCCAAGAUUUGUGAUUAAACUGACAUCAGCAGUAAUGGUGGUUCGAGGCUUAUGGGUCUGUAAGGUCCGUGUGGGAAAACGCAUAGGACAUUCUGGGCUGGUCCCUGUCCUGUGCCUGUUGGUCUUCACCUGUCUUCUAGCGGUCUUCUUUAUUGACUACAUUGACUCUUGGGUCACCUCUCUUGGAAUGAGUAGAAUAGGAAGUGCACAUGGCGGGGUUCUUCCUCAGAGCAUGCCUCCAACCCGACCCGAGGAGUACCUCCUCAUGCCAAGCCCUCUUGUCUGCCAACGUGCCAAACCAUACCUUAUCACCUUGGUGACCUCAGCCCCUGCCAACCAGAAGGCCCGCCAGGCUAUUCGUGACACCUGGGGUGGGGAGGUGCAGGUCCGAGGCCACCGGGUUAUGACCCUGUUCAUGGUGGGUCAGUCAUCAGACCCUGGCCUUGCCAAACAACUGGUGGAGGAGGCGCGAGAGAAGGGGGACUUGGUGCAGGGUCGCUUCCUGGACUCUUACACCAACCUGACUCUGAAGACACUGUCCAUGUUGGCUUGGGCGCAACGUUUUUGCCCCCAGGCUCGCUUCCUUGCUAAAGUGGAUGAUGAUGUGAUGUUCAACCCCAGUGCAUUGUUGCACUAUCUCGCCAUCAGUUGGGAGGGAUCACAGAAUGAACUGGAAGACCUUUACCUUGGCCGCGUUCACAUGAGAGUAGCCCCGAACCGCAAUCCGGCCAGCAAGCACUUCCUGCCUGAAGCUGUUUACAGAAACACAGUCUUCCCUGAUUACUGCAGUGGAACUGCCUACGUUCUUUCUAGGCCCGCCGUGCUAAAACUAUCACUUGCAGCUGCUGCUGUGCGUUUACCCAAACCCCUUCCUCCUGAGGACAUCUUUGUGGGUUUGUGUGCCCAUGCAGCAGGUAUCGCACCCACCCAUUCACCGUUCUUCUCUGGAGGACCACCUGUACCAUAUGGGCGCUGCUGCUACCAGGCCAUGGUGUCUGUUCACCACACUAAGCCAGAAGAAAUGCUCCACUACUGGGCAGAUGUACAUUCCACAGUUCCGUGCUCCUGGUUGGGAGUUCGAACCUCGUUUGGCAUUUGCAGGUUAAGAGCAUUUCUGGGAGCCUUGCUUGAGGCUUGAGUACACCUGGUGAGUCAACAGGAGAACUUGUGUAAGGUUGCACAAAUGCAAAUGCGAACAAUCACUGUGAGCUGUUAUUAUGUGGCUUUAUUUUAAAAUGUGCCAGUCAAAUUCAAAGUACUUCAAUGUAAAUGACAUGAUCAGGACCUUGAAAAAAAAAUCACAAUCGCAUAUUGUUCUGUCUGUUAUAAAUAUAUGCUUAAUCCUAUUUGAGCCUUACUUUUGUUGGCAAAAGCCGCACUACCCCUUACAGCGCCGUUUCCAGUGCGUUCCCCCUGAAUUCUUUUAAAUAGUUGAGAUGAGUAGAGAAGUCAAGAAGAGUCAGGAUACCAAAGUCUUCAGCAAACUUAACAGUUUAUUUCAGAAGAUCUUCCGGGAACAAUGCUCCACUCAGAGAGUCAAGGAGAAUGUUUUAAAAACCAAAAGACAUACACAAGAUUAUAUAGAUCAUCCCACUAUGGUGUGAGUGAAGAAGGUUGACCAGCCCCCUUUGGUCCCAUAAACUGUAUCCUAUCGUGACAUGACCCUGUGCCUGCCUGCCACCUAUGUCUUCGGUAUAAUAAAUCUAUUGUCCUCCCGUCUGGUUCUUGCAACAUAAUUUCAGUAGAAGUUCCCUCCUUAUCUUUGGUCUGAGGGGACGGGUCAACCUCCCUCUCUUUCAAGGUCUAACUAACCACAGAUGGCUACACAUGUGUUGUGAAACAUUCCUGUACAAACUCAAUUAAACUACAUUUGUUAUAUGA